GCAGAGGGAAAGAACAUCCGCUGAAUCGCAAAUGCAGUCCAAGAUCAGCGCUUUCUUCAAAUCUACCUCCGCUUCCACUACUCUCCGCAAUGACGACGACUGGGAGAACCAGCAACACCACAUCAUCAACACCUACACCCGAACCCGUCCCAACCCUAACGCCGUUACUUCGCCUUCCAAAACAGAACGGACCUCAACGCUCGUCAAAAACAAGAGAAGCUACGCCCAAUUCCACCUCGAUUUCGGCCAAUCCGAUUUCCUCUUACGCGCCUGUCCCACCUGCGGCAUAAAGUUCACUCCCGGCGACCCACACGACGAUAAAUCCCACAACGAAUUUCACAAAUCCUUCACGCACGGAAUCCUAUUCAGAGGUUGGUCCAAAGAAACGCUUAUCCCUCUCCCCAGCGUAGAAUCGGGUCGAAUCAUAUUGGUGGCAGAAACCGACCCGUCUUCUCACAGAAAAAAAGCUGAAGAGGUCAUCAGAAUGAUGGAAAUUGAACUUGGAAGCGAAUGGAUACUUCACGAUCUCUGUAAGGUGUAUCUCUUUGUUUCUGCCCAAAGGGUUGUUGGGUGCCUCGUUGCAGAGCCAAUCAAAGAAGCAUUCAAAGUUGUGUCUCCUUCUGUUGAUAGCGUGAAGAAAAGGAGAGUGAAGCCACGUUCCACCACUCUUCAGUUUGGGAAUGUUAUUUUCCAAAGGGAGGUUGAGAAAAAAGUUGCUUCCGUGAGUGAUUCCGAAAGGAUGGAGGGGGCCAUCUUCUGUGAUACCAAACCAACCGCUGCUGCUUGUGGAAUUAGAGCCAUUUGGGUAACUCCCUCUAACAGAAGAAAAGGCAUUGCAACCCACUUGCUUGAUGCCGUGAGGAAGAGUUUCUGCACGGGUCUUGAGCUUGAACCUUCUCAAUUAGCAUUCUCUCAGCCAACCUCAGCUGGAAAGGCAUUAGUAACAAGUUACACUGGCACUGGAUCAUUUUUGGCGUAUUAAAGCCAACAAAACAAUUCAUUAGUGAUUAUGCUCUGACACAUCAAGCCAAGUUUUGAUUAGUGAUUACUUCUGUUGACUGUGAUUAUACACAAAACUAAACUAUUAUUCUUGUACAGUAUAACUUUUGUAUGUAGGCUAUGUAUCCGUGAUCUCUUUGUUUCUUAUUGCUGCAUGGCUUUUGUCGUUGAGUU